CUCCAAUCUCACUAUUUUCGACGGAGAAAAUUAAGAGAAUUUUAGAGAGAGAAAGUCAAUAAUCUUCUUCUCCUUUGCUGCUUUGAACUUCACAGCUUUCCCCUCUUCUUCAGGUUCAAGUAAAGGUCUUUGGAAUGCUAACUUUGCUGUUGGCUAUGGCAGAAUGCAUGUACUGAUAUUGCAUUACUUGUGAUAAUCAUGGCAUAUUGCCCUGGCUUUUUUGCCUUGAAAGUUUUAUCCAAAUGGAGAGAAAUCUAGGAAAAGGCAUAAUGGAUCAACAGAAGAAUCAUGAACAAAUUCGAUACAAUAAUAUUGAUGUUGGAAAUGAAACUCUCGAGGCUGCAAACCAGAGAUUUUUUCAUGAUCCAUCUAGUAAUAUAAAUACUAACAUCCGACCUCCUGAUUAUAAUAUGUCGGCAGGAGCAAGACCAGUUUUGAAUUACUCUAUUCAAACAGGUGAGGAGUUUGCUCUGGAAUUUAUGCGGGAAAGGGUAAAUCCCAGGCAACAUUUUGUUCAGAAUGCUUAUGGUGAUCCCAACAGUGGACCACUUUAUAUGGAUCUAAAAAGCAUUAUAGGAGUUUCUCAUACAGGUUCAGAAAGUGGCUAUGAUAUCUCUAUGCUUAACACAGUAGAAAACCCCCGUCCCCAGGAGCUUGAGAGAAAGGCCCCUUACGUGCAUGAAGACAAGAGCUAUUAUGAUUCCAUGCGAUCAAUUUCUCAAUCCUCUUCAAGAAAUGACAUUAGUCAGGGACAUCGAGGUUAUGAAUCCAGAAAUACUUCACUCAGCUCAUCAACUAAGAUGAAGUUCCUCUGUAGCUUUGGUGGUAAAAUUUUACCACGUCCCUGUGAUAAGAAACUUAGAUAUGUUGGGGGGGAAACACGUAUGAUUCGAUUAAGCAGGGAUAUUUCCUUUCAAGAGUUUGUUCAAAAAAUGUUCGCAAUUUAUAACCAAGCCCAUAUGAUAAAGUAUCAGUUGCCGGGAGAGGAUCUUGAUGCAUUGGUUUCUGUAUCUUGUGAUGAUGAUCUGCAGAACAUGAUGGAGGAAUGUAAUGUGCUAGAAGAUGGAGGACUGCAGAAACCCAGGAUAUUCCUUUUCUCUAGUAGUGAUUUGGAGUAUUCUCAAUAUGGCAUGGGGAGUGUAGAAGAUGAUUCUGAGAUGCAAUAUGUUGUUGCCGUGAAUGGCAUGGACCUAGGAUCUAGAAAAAACUCAAUUGCAGCAAGUGCUUCUGAGAACAAUUUGGAUGAAUUACUUGGUUUGAAUGUUGUAAGUGAGGCUAGUCGGACUAUGGCUGAAGCAGCUGCUUCUAGUUCUACUUCUUUGACAGCUAAUGCACUUGCAUCCACAGUCCAAUCUUCUAAUGCAGCUUCUUCAUCAAUGGUCCAAUCUUCUCAUGCACCUUCAUCUGCAGUCCUAACUUCUUGUGUACCUUCACCAACCCUCCAAUCUUCUCAAUCAGUUUUGGUGAGUUCAUCUAGUGCUUAUGAAUCUAGUUCACAGCCAUAUUUAGAGCAAAAAAUGCGUCAUGGAGAAGCUAGCCAACGGUUGUAUUCCACUCCCCUGGUAGAUGGGAAGAGUAAUGUUCCUUUGUCUCCUCCAUUGCAGUAUGGUUAUGGUUAUCAACCCUCUAACUAUGUGAUGCCUGGUGAAAAUUUAGCUUCAGUGCCAGUCCAUGGGCAUGUAAACCCCCAGGUGGCUUUAGCUGAUAUGGGCUUUCAAGUGCAAGAUCUGGAAGCAUCUAUUAAAGAGGUGAAACUGAAAAGAGAUAGCUCUGCCUCAAAAAUAACUGAACCUGAAAAAGUGCGGUCUCUAGACAAAGCUCCACUAAUGAAGGAGCCAAAAAUGAAAAGAGAUGCAUCCCUCCCUAAGAUCAGUGAAACUGAAAAAAUUCGGAUGUCAGAGAAAGAUUACAAUGUCCCUUCAAAUACAUAUGGAAGUUCUGUUGCAAACCAUAUUUCUAGUGAGGAAGCAUCUGUGACCAUUUCAGUUGCAGACAUUGGCUCAUCUUUGUUGCCUGCAAAAAAUUUCAAAAAGAACCAGGAAGCUGUGCAGAAUUUAGUGGCCCCUGAAGUUGUAAGUGAAGGGAGAAAGAAUGUUGAAGAUGACCACUCUUGCCCAUCUAGUGGUCCUUUUACAUCUGGUGCUGGUGGUUCCGAGGCUGAUCCAAAUGACUUUAUAUGCCUUGAAGGAUCUGUGAUUCAUCGAGUGUUUCAUUCAGAGAGAAUCCCCCGGGAGCAGGCUGAAAUGAACCGUUUAUCUAAGUCUGAUGAUUCUUUUGGGUCACAGUUUCUAAUGACUCAAGCACAUUCUGAUUCUUCCCGAAUAAUUAGAGAAGCAGUUGAUAUGAUUCAUGAUGGGAAUUUGUCUCCUCAAGCUGAUCAAUCUGUCACAUCUGCAAAUCCAGGAUCUAAAAAUCCGCAAACUGUUAUGGAUGGGCUUGCUGAAUUUGAAAGGUAUAAAGGUUUUGCUGAUAAAAUCACCUCUAAUAUUUCUGAGGAGGUACUUGAGUCAACCAAGGAGAAAUCUGAAUUGAAACAAGUCUCAGUUAAGACCACUGCUGAUGAAGAAGCAGCUGGGUUAAAUCAUUCCUCAGGAGGUCAAAGAACUUCUGUUAAGCACCUUGAAGAUCCAUCUUUCAGCCCGUCUGAUUUUGAGCAAAUUGAGAUGGAUGAAAACAAGAAUACAGGAAAUCAUUCUCAGGGGCAUGGCAAACCUUUGGUCUGGGCAGAGAACCCAAUUGGAGCAACUUCCAAUGUACAGCCUACUCCUUCUGUAAAUGCCUCUGAGCAUGGAGACAUACUUAUUGAUAUUAACGACCGGUUUCCCCGUGACCUUCUGUCUGAUAUAUUCUCAAAAGUUAGAAUGUCUCAGAACCUCUAUGGUAUCAGUCCAUUCCCUGGUGAUGGAGCUGGACUGAGCUUAAACAUGGAGAAUCAUGAACCUAAGCAUUGGUCAUACUUCCGUAAUUUGGCUCAAGAUGAGUUUGCUAGAAAGGAUGUUUCCCUCAUGGAUCAGGAUCAUCUGGGUUUCUCGUCUCCGCUUACAAAUAUUGAAGGUGGGGCACCAAUUGAUUAUAGCUAUCCACCUUUGAAAUCUACUGGUGCUGUUGCCUUGGCUCAAAGGAAGCCGGACAUCAAUUUUGAUGAGGACAUUAGACAAGAGUUGACUUCUGCUGCUGCUACUAAUAACUUGGAUAUAAGCUCAGAAUACAAUAAGUCUCCAGUCAAGGGUGAUGAAAGUAGACGAGUUGGGCAAAACCAUCAAGUACCUGAAUCUGAGUUUGAGGAUGGAAAAUUGGAUAUUCGGGAUACUGGUGUACCUCCUGGGGAUCAUUCUGGUGGAGAUAUUGAUUUAAGCACAUUGCAGAUCAUUAAAAACGAAGAUCUGGAAGAGCUAAGGGAGUUGGGUUCAGGUACAUUUGGCACUGUAUAUCAUGGAAAAUGGAGAGGAACAGAUGUUGCCAUCAAGCGGAUAAAAAAAAUCUGUUUCACUGGUCGUUCAUCUGAGCAAGAGAGAUUGACUGUCGAGUUCUGGCGUGAAGCUGACAUCCUUUCGAAACUUCACCACCCCAAUGUGGUGGCCUUUUAUGGUGUGGUGCAGGAUGGACCUGGAGGAACACUAGCCACUGUCACAGAGUUUAUGGUGAAUGGCUCUCUUAGACAUGUUUUGCUUUGCAAAGACAGGCAACUUGAUCGUCGUAAGCGGGUCAUUAUUGCCAUGGAUGCAGCAUUUGGGAUGGAAUAUUUACAUUCAAAGAACAUUGUGCAUUUUGAUUUAAAAUGUGACAACUUGCUUGUCAACUUGAAAGACCCUAUGCGGCCAAUUUGCAAGGUUGGGGACUUCGGGCUGUCAAAGAUAAAAAGGAAUACCUUGGUUACUGGUGGUGUGAGGGGAACUCUUCCAUGGAUGGCCCCAGAGCUUUUGAAUGGCAGUAGUAGUAAGGUUUCUGAAAAGGUCGAUGUGUUCUCAUUUGGCAUUGUUCUAUGGGAGAUUCUUACUGGGGAGGAACCUUAUGCCAAUAUGCAUUAUGGAGCAAUAAUAGGAGGCAUUGUUAGCAACACUCUGAGGCCACCUGUACCAAGCAACUGUGACCCUGAAUGGAAGUUACUAAUGGAGCAGUGUUGGGCUCCGGAUCCUGUGGUUCGACCAUCAUUCACGGAGAUUGCUAGACGCUUGCGCAUCAUGUCAUCAGCAAGCCAGACAAAACCACAGGGUCAUCAGCCGUUGAACCAAGCAUCUAAGUAAAACUUCUGAUGCACACACUCAUCAAUGAUUAUGAUAAGUCUGCUUUGAUUUAUAUACUCCAAAAACGCUAGUGUAUUGUUUUAUAUGAAAGAGUAAGGGAGACUGAGAUAUGAUAUUAUUGUGCUUGGAAGUCAAAUAUGUUUAUAUGUAAAGCUAUUAUUAUUCGCCUCACUGUGAAUAACUGUGGGGAUACAAACUUGGUUUUGGUGCUUGCUUGUAAACAA